UUUCGGAAAACAAAGCAUUUCCCUUCUUAAUUCCCAACCACUCUGCUCUCUCUUCUCAACCCCACUUCACGCUCACCAUGCCUUAAGCUUCUACUGUAUAAACACACACUCGUUCUUUGCUUUUUACUAUUCCCCUUCUUCACUGCUACUAACAACCAUGCCAUGGUCUCAUGCUUCUCCCGAGUUCACUCACAACCCAACUCAUUCUUCUCACUCACGUUACGUCCCUCCACAAUACAGAAAUAACAACAUUCCAACUUCUUUUCCUUUCUCCCAUGAUUCUACCCGUUGCGCCUUCAACCGUUCUGCCUCCAGGACACGUGGCCGUGGCGGUUCAACUGCCAGGAGGUUUUCCCGCCCGGAACAGCCGCGUCAUAAUGAUAUUUCUUACUGGAACGGCCGCUGCCCCUUCGAUGAAGCUGAGGUGGCCGGCCAAGUCCAAAGCGGCGAUGCUAUCAACUUUGACGCUUACGAAUCGGUGCCGGUGGAGGCGAGUGGGAAGAACGUGCCCCCGCCGGUGAAUGCCUUCGAUGAAACCGACUUGGACGAAGGUUUGAAGAGGAACAUCGAGAGAUGCAAGUACGUUAAACCCACGCCAGUUCAGCGUCACGCGAUUCCCAUUGCCAUUGCGGGUCGUGACUUGAUGGCGUGCGCGCAGACAGGGUCGGGUAAAACGGCGGCGUUUUGCUUUCCCAUUAUAUCGGGGAUUCUGAAGGGUCGUUCCGGUUCUGGGUUUUCGGCAAUGCCUCGUGGUGGCUUAGUUGCAUACCCUACUGCGCUUAUUUUGUCUCCUACGAGGGAGUUGUCGUGCCAGAUACGAGAUGAAGCGAACAAGUUUGCAUAUCAAACAGGAGUGAAAGUUGUGGUGGCUUAUGGUGGGGCUUCCAUUACUCAACAGCUACGGCAUUUGGAGAAGGGUGUUGAUAUAUUGGUUGCAACUCCUGGGCGAUUGGUUGAUAUUAUUGAGAGGGAAAGGGUUUCAUUGAAGAGGAUAAAAUAUCUUGCUUUGGAUGAGGCAGAUCGUAUGUUGGACAUGGGGUUUGAGCAUCAAAUACGCAAGAUUGUGGAGCAAAUGCACAUGCCUCCACCGGGUGUUAGACAAACUAUGCUUUUUAGUGCUACCUUUCCUAAUGAUAUACAGAAGCUUGCAUCUGAUUUUCUAUCCAACUACAUAUUCCUGGCUGUUGGAAGGGUUGGUUCGAGCACUGAGUUGAUCGAACAAAGGAUUGAACUUGUGCAAGAUACGGAAAAGAGAAACCAUCUUGUUGAUAUUCUGCGUAGUCAAAAGGCGCAUGGAGCCAAUGGGAAGCAUUCUCUAACUCUUGUAUUUGUUGAAACAAAGAAAGGAGCUGAUGCUUUAGAAAACUGGUUGUCGAGAUGUGGGUUUCCAGCCACUACAAUACAUGGUGAUAAAGUUCAAAUGGAGAGGGAACGGGCUUUAAGGUCUUUCAAAUCUGGUUCGACUCCAAUUUUGGUGGCCACUGAUGUUGCUUCCCGAGGAUUGGAUAUCCCACAUGUGGCUCAUGUUAUCAACUUUGACUUGCCUAGAGACAUUGAUGACUAUGUACAUAGGAUUGGAAGAACAGGCCGUGCAGGUAAAUCUGGUUUAGCCACUGCGUUCUUCAGCAGCAAGAACACUCCUCUUGCAAAGGCACUUGUUGGACUCUUGCAGGAAGCAAACCAGGAAGUUCCAUCUUGGUUCAGCCAAUACACUGAGAGUUCAUUUUUUAGUGGUCGUAGCCAUGGGCCUAGGCGAUAUAAUAGUGGCAAUUAUGGUGGUCGUGACUUCAGAAAUGUGACUGAACCUGAGGUGGAGAGUUACAACUACAGUACUUGUGACAAUGCGGAUUCUGCUGUGGAUUCUUACCUUGAUGGUGUCAAAAACUCUCACACUGAUUCAUCUCUUGACAACAUCACUAAUACAGCUUCUGAGUGCAGCUAUCAACAUACUAAUGAUAAUUCUGAUUUCUAUGGAGGUGGAAAGGUUGAAGAUGGACCAUGUGGUUAUACAUCUAUUGUUGCUACAGGAUGGGAAUAGGCUUCAAGCCUCGCUCGUUGCAUCCUUUUCUACUGUGGAGGCGUACCGUAUCAUUACGUAAAAGAAAUGUUGAAAAGGAAAUUGCCAGUUAUCUUUGUUUGGGAGUUUAGUAUUUGUAGACUUCCGAACGUGUUGAAUUUUCUUUUGCCUAAGCCUCUUUUUUGGAUUCCAAACAAUAAUAGGAUAUAUAAGCACGAUUUAUGAAGUUGUGGACUGGACUUUCGUUAUUAGUAAUUUAAUAUCUUCUUUUUAUUGCUGGAGUUGUUGCAAGAAAAAAAAAGAAUCAAUUUAUUUUAUUACAUGCCAUUGUGAAGCACAUUUUCAAUACUCUUCUAGUAUAUAUUCUUUUUGUAAUAAUUUUUCUUUAUUUAUCACUUGCAUUUUUUCUUCAUU